AUGGAUGGCAUUUACUUGCCUGACGGGCGACAACUUGCAUUAAUUGACCGCGAUUGGAUUCUCGACGAGCUACCACAUCUAGGAAAUCCCGAUCCAAACUCAGACGCGAAUUAUCUACUUGCAUCAGCCGCAGCUGCUCAUAGUGGCCUAGGUGUUGGAGGAGGAAGUUCGACAGGUCGAACUAUAUCAGGUGUUGGCAGUGGAAGCAGUUCAGCACACGGAACAACUGCACACACGACUGGUGGAGACAGUGCAGGUGCUACCGGAAACGCGGGAGUGAAUCCUCAAGCUGCAGCAACUAGUCAUAGUCUAUCGUAUAAUCCUGACGAAUUUGAUAGCGAGUUAACGUUACUAUCGGAAAUCAUUGACGAAACUCAAAAUAAGUGGUCGGAUUUUGGAUUGAAUCAAUUACUUACACCAUACGCACGUACAGAUCGACCGGCAUUUAAAUAA